AUGACAAUUUUAAAAUUAAGAACAGAGUUGACAGCAACAAAUACUUCCACCACAUCCUCAUCUGCAAUUAACACCACCAUCACUAGCACUAAUGUUAACACCAAGAAGAUACAAGAAAAUGAAAAGAUGGUAAAGUCAAUGAAGGAGACCUCCACAAUUAUUGCUUUCUGUGAAAAAUUUCAUUCAUACUUGAAGGGAUUAGUAGAAUUUUGGCCAGAGGAAUUUGAACAUGCUCUUGCAGAGGAAGCUGAAAAUGCUCUUGUAGAAAAAAUUCAUUGUGUUUUUUUGGGAAAUUUUAUAAAUCAAAAAAAGGCUGUAAAUCGAAAUGCAUGGCAAAGAAUUUUGUCAGAAACUAUUGAUGAAAAAAUCAAUCAAUUCUAUCAAGAUUUCAAUCCUUUACGACGGGUUAACAAUUAUUAUGAACUCAAUAUUAAAGAUAAGGUGUUAAUACUAAAUACAUUGAUUACGUGGCAACUACAAGAAUCUGAUGGACGUAAAUAUUAUUAUUUUGGAAAAGGCGCGAGAGUUUACCGUGAAACCAUCAUUAAAAAUAAAAAUAAAGAUAAAACACAAUCAAAUACUAUUUGGGAAUCAAUUACUACUACACUUGAAGAAUUGGAAAGCUAUAUUAACGAUACCAACGAGUUAAAGAUAAGGGUUGGCAAGGAUAAACAACUUCGUAAUAUGAUUAUUAAUGAAAUUAUUCCAAAGAUAAAACAAGAUAUUGAAUCAAAAGAAAAAUUUAAUGCAAGAAAACUUCGUAAGGAACAACGUGUGAUAGCAAGUCUUGAUGUUACUAAUACAUUAAUAACAAAUGAUCGUGAUAAUAAUGAUCACUAUGUUGCAUUAUCAAACCCCUAUAUGACGAGGUCUAAACGAGCUCAUGAAAAUGGUGGAACUAACACCAACAAUAUUAAUAAUGAUGUUGUAUCAUCGAGCUCUUAUAUGACAAGGCUUAAAAGAAGUCUAUUCGGAAGUGACUCAGAAAUGGAUCUUUCAGAUUCUGAAGAUUAUGAUUUUUCAGACGAUAAUUAG